UAGAGAAAGAAUACACCAGUCUCUCACUCUCACCAGCUACUACUACUAGCUAGCUAACCCAGCAGCUAGCACAAGCACCACCAGCAGCUGCAGGGCCCCGGCUUUUGUCUCUCUCUCUCUCUCUCUCUCUCUCUCUCUCUCUUCUCGUCUGAUCUUGAUGUGAUUCUUGAUCUCUCUAGUCCCCAAAUCACAGCAGAAGAAGCAGCGGCAGCAGCAACGAGUUAGAGAUCCGAUACAUACUAGGUUCCAUUGCAUCACACAUCAGUCACAAGUUCACAACCCCGAAACCAUCAAAUCACCCGGGAGAUCAUCAUCUACCAGUGAGUGACACGCCCAUCAAAUCAUCUCGAUCCCAAGAUGAGAGAGAGAGAGAGAGAGAGAGAGAGAGAUCGAGCAGCUAGGAGAUAAAAAAAAUUGGAAGUAUUAAUAUUAUAUUCUGCUACAAAAGCGAGAGAGAGCUAGCUGCAAAGAGAGAAGCAAGCAAUCGUGUUCUUGUUUGCUGCGUCUGCGUCGAAUCAGUCGAGAAGAGAGGGUUUGAUUUGGGAUGUCGUCGUCGUCCUCGUCGUCGGCGUCGUCGGCGGCGGACUCCGAGCAGGAGCAGCUCUGCUACGUGCACUGCCACUACUGCGACACCGUGCUCGUCGUGAGCGUGCCGAGCAGCAGCCUGUUCGAGACGGUGACGGUGAGGUGCGGCCACUGCAGCAGCCUCCUCACCGUCAACAUGAGGGGCCUCCUCCUCCCGACCACCGCCGCCGCCGCGCCACCACCACCUCCUCCCCCGCCGCCGCCGCCGCCGCCGCCGGCCGCGCACUUCCCCCACUCGCUCAACCUCGCGCCGGCCAACCCUCCCCACCACCACUCCCUCCUGGAUGAGAUAUCGACGGCGAACUCCCCGACGCAGCUGCUGCUGGAGCAGCACGGCCUCGGCGGCCUCAUGGCGAGCGCGGCAAGCUGCAGGAACAACAACUCCCCGGCGGCGGCGGCGGCUCCGCCGCCGCCAACGUCGCAGGGGAAAGCGGCGGCGAAAGAGCCGUCGCCCCGGACGAACACCGCCGUCAUCAACAGACCUCCGGAGAAGAGGCAGCGUGUGCCAUCGGCGUACAACCGCUUCAUCAAGGACGAAAUCCAACGCAUCAAGGCUGGCAAUCCCGACAUCUCGCACAGGGAGGCCUUCAGCGCGGCUGCCAAGAACUGGGCACACUUUCCGCACAUCCACUUUGGACUGAUGCCGGAUCACCAGGGGCUCAAGAAGACCAGCCUGCUUCCUCAGGAUCAUCAGAGAAAGGAUGGGCUACUAAAGGAAGGGCUUUAUGCAGCGGCAGCUGCUGCUGCGGCGGCGGCCAACAUGGGUGUUGCACCGUACUAAGCCCAGCUAGAAUAAUUAGUGAGAAGUUAGUUACUAUCUACCAAGUCUAGCUAGCUCAUCAAUUAACUAGUGUGUUCUUCCUAUCAAGCUAUCUAGGGCUUCCUGAUCAUCUCUCUUGUUAUUAAUGAAGUGUACUGUCUCUGUGCGUUGGUUUCACCUAGGUAUAAUCUGAUCAUCUAGCUAGCUAAUUGAGCUUCUUCUGCUACUAGUCAUUUUGCUCUAUCUGAUAUCUGUGCUGUUUUUUUUCUCUAGCAGUUGAUCUGAUCAAAUCUUCAUCAA